AAUCAACACUUAACCUUAGUAAGAUUCAGAAUACAACCAUUGUUGCUAAUAAUAGAAUCAAAGCCCAUAAAUUGAAUGGCAACAGUAAAAAGGCUAAAAAGAAAAAACAAGCUAAUCACAACAAUGAAAUUAAUUUAGCUUUUGAUAUUAAUAGUGAAAUGCCUAAAAUUCAAGAUACAACUACUGCUGCUAAGAAUAGAAAACAAGUUUAUCAUAAUGAAGUUAUUAAUGUUAAUAGUAAAAUGUUCAAAAUUCAAGAUACAACUACUUCUAAUACUAAUACUAUUGAUGUCAAUAGUAAGAUGUCUGAAAAUCAAGAUACAACCACUUCUGCUAAUAAUAGUGAUAGGACAAAAUUCUAUAAACUAAGUGACUAUAGUAACAAGGCUAAAAAAGAUAACCAA